AUGAAAUAUGAGAAUUUUUUUUGUUUUUGUUUUCUUUUUCUUGUAAAUUUGUUACUCACUAAUGGAAAAGAUAAAAAAAAUGAGAGUACUAGUAAUUUAAUAAAAAAUGAUGGAGAAUAUUUUAAAAAAGAGAAAAAAGAAUUAAAUGAUAAAGACAUUUUUAUAAAUAAAGUAAUGGAAGAUGAAAAAGAAAAAAGAGAAGAAGAAAUUAAUAAAGAAAAAAUAAUAAAAGAAAAGGAUUCUCAAAACGAUGAAAUAAAUAAUAGUAAUGAACGUGAUGAGGAAAAGAAUGAUCAAAAUGAUGAAUACUUUAAUGUAGAUAUAGAAAAUCUAAGUUUAUUCCCUAAUCCAGAUGAAUUAUAUAAUUUUUUAAUAACAGAAAAAAAUAAGAUAAGUGAAGGUUACUUAAAUAAUAAAAUAUUUAAAAAUUUAAAAGGAUCAUUACAAAAUAAAAAAAUAACAAAAGAAAAUUUUCUCGAAUUAUAUAAAUCAGCAUUAAGUAACUUUGAUAUAGAUGGAUAUACUUUUUUAAUGAAGAAAAUAAUGCAGAAAGAAUACAAUCAAAGAUUUACUCAAAAAAUCAAAAAUUUAAAUGAGUCUUACGCCCAUUGUGAUAAAGGAAUAUAUGAAAAAAAUAAUCAGAAAAAGGAAAAAAAAAAAAAUGUAGAGAGAAAAAUAGUAUAUCCAGGAGGUCCAAUAAGAUCAACGUAUGGUAAUAAUUUAAGUAAAUGGAUGAAAGAUUCUUUAGAAGAUAUUGAAACACCUGAAUCCUUAAAAGAACCAGGUUUAGCUAACAUGGUUAUGCAAAGUUUAACCAUGGUUAAAGGAUUAAUUCAAUCAGUAGCUAGCUCAGUAGUAGAUAUUGUCCCUCCUUUAAUACCCCCACCUGUGUGGAUAAAUAGACCUUUACCAUGUCUACCAAUGGUUACAGGGAAAAAUUGUUUAGGUUCUGUUUUAUAUCCAAUAACAGCAGCAGAAUUUGUAACAGCUGAUAUAACAGAUUCUAUUAUGAAUGGAGUCAUUGCAAGCUUCCCGUCAAAAUAUGCAGUGAAAAUUGGAAAAACAUCAGAAACACAAUAUAGAAUAUGUGCAAUGGCUUAUUUAGGUAUGUAUUGUGCAUCAAUUUUCCCGAUUUGUUGGUUACCUAUUGGUCUAAGAGUUGCUGAAACAAUGCCUAUAUGUUUUCCUCAAUGUUUGGCUACUUUAAUUGCUUGUCCUGGUUUCUGGAUUGAUGACAUUGAGGGCCCAUGUAGUAGUGUUUCUGUACCUCCAUUUUGUUCUUUUUCUGUUUUUGUCAAUCAAAAAAUUGUUCCCCCUCAAUUAACUUCAUAUGAUGAUUCUCAUUCUUUUCCAGCUACUUGUCCAACUAAAGAUGAAAAAUAUGAUGUGCCUGAUGAUUUAUAUGAGCAUGAAAAGGUAUCAGAUCCUUUAUCCAAAGAAAUAGAUAAUUACUCGAAUGUGUCCUUGCCUACUUAUCCUGAUUUAAUCAGUAGUUUACAUGUUACAGAAACAAAAACAGAAGAAAUCCAAUCAUGUAAAUGUAUGACUAUUAUUGAUACAUGCAAACUUAAUUUUGCUUUACCAGUAAUUAAUAACAAUAAUCAUAUUUUUAAAAAAAAAUAUGAGACACCUAUUAAAUUAUCUAAUAUGCAAAAAAAAUGCUGUCAAAAAUGCAAACCCAUAUGGCAAAUUCUUUAUCCGAAAAAAAAAAUUAUCAAUUUAAAGGGGUCACCAGUAUAUCCAAGAAAUUCUAAACUAUUUUCAGAUAUCAUACAACAUUAA